UACUCAAUUCCAGAGCAAUAAUACAUGCACAGAUCCUUGAUUGAGAAGCGCCUUAAGAAAGUUGUGAGUGAAUUCUAUCAUGGCUGUAACAAUGUGCCAGUCUUUGGGAUUCUUUAUCUCCCUUGUAGGGGUGGCUGGGAUCAUUGCAGCAACUUGCAUGAAUCAAUGGAGCACCCAAGAUCUCUACAAUAAUCCAGUUACAGCCGUCUUUAAUUACCAGGGUUUGUGGCAGACCUGUGUCAAGCAAACCUCUGGAUUCACAGAGUGCCGUGCAUAUUUCACCAUCCUUGGACUUCCAGCAAUGUUCCAGGCAGUCAGAGCCCUGAUGAUCGUGGGCAUAGUGUUGGGAGGCAUUGGCUUACUUGUGGCCAUUAUUUCCCUAAAGUGCCUUCGCAUUGGUAACAUGGAGGACUCUGCCAAGGCCAACAUUACCUUGACAUCUGGUAUCAUGUUCAUUCUAGCAGGACUGUGUUCAAUUAUUGGAGUAUCUGUCUUUGCCAACAUGUUGGUUACAAACUUCUGGAUGACUACAGCCAAUAUGUACACAGGAGGUGCUAUCAGUGGAAUGGGAGGAAUGGGCGGCUUGCAGACUCUACAGACGAGAUAUACUUUUGGAGCAGCACUUUUUGUUGGAUGGGUAGCUGGAGGCUUGACAGUGAUUGGAGGAGUUAUGAUGUGCAUAGCAUGCCGCGGACUCAUGCCAGAGGAAAGCAACUACAAGGCAGUCUCCUACCACGUUUCUGGAAAAACUCCAGCCUACAAAACAUCUGCCUACGAGGAGAAGAGUAAAAAAUCCAUUUACAACGAAUCCAAAAGGAGCGAGGAUGGGAAGAGCUACCCUUCAAAAUAUGAUUAUGUGUAGCUGUCUAAGAACCUGGUAUCUACCUACAGUUGUACCGUUUAAUAUAAGGGGAUGGCCAAAUUAAUUAGUGCAACCCAUCAAGAUAACUUACUGCUAAACUGUAACACGGUACAGCUAAUGGGCAAGUUUAAGUUAACCUGUAUCUCAUGGCUAUGCACUGUUUAUUAAGCCAAAGCCUUUUUUCUUGUUUUGUAGUAUAUUUUAUAAUGCUUUUUACAUAAAACUGUUUGUAUCUAUAAA